AGAAUGUCUUCCAGACUCCUUACUGAUAAAAAAUACUAGAAAACAAGACUAGCAUCUGUCAAAUGGGGCUCCCUCUCCAUUUCUCUCUACACACCUUUCCUUUGGGGGGAGAAGAAGAGGAGAAUAGCAUGAAAAGUGCAAAAUGUUUCAAAUUCCUGUUCAAAAUCUUGAUAAUAUCAGGAAGGCUCGAAAAAAGGUGAAGGGCAUUCUUGUGGAUCUUGGGCUUGACAGAUGCAGGGAAUUAUUGAAGGAUCUUAAAAGUUUUGACCCAGGUGAAAAACACUUUUGUAACACUUCAUGGAGUGAUGUCUCUCCUUGGGAGCCUUCGGGCAAAAGGAAGAGAUACAGAACAAAGCCAUACUGCUGUAGCUUAUGCAAGUUCUCAUCAAAAUUGCUUACUUCCUUCAAGAAUCACUUGCACCGUUACCAUGAGGAUGAAAUGGACCAAGAGCUGGUGGUUCCUUGCCCAAAAUGUGCAUUUGCUUCUGAUCCCAAAAUAGUGGGAAAACAUAUCCGGAUGUUUCAUUCAUCUAAUAAAAGAAUACAGAACUAUACAGUCAGCAUUUUGGAUGGCAUGAAACAAUUCAGAAGUGACAUCAUAAACUUUACAUGUCUGAAAUGUCACUUUACAGACACAUUGUAUUACAACAUGAAGAAACACGUGCUGAUGAACCAUUUUGAAAACUUACUAAGUACAUAUUUUGGCCAGAAACCUGAUGAAAGCAAAGAGAAUUCUAUCGAGCACUACUGUAAAAAAUGUAAUGCUUCUGCAAACAGCCAAGAUUCGUUAAUGUACCAUGUCUUGACAGCUGAGACACACCGAGACCUGGAAAACAAACUCCGGUCUGUGAUUUCAGAACAUAUUAAGAAACCAGGGCUUGUGAAACAAAUGCAUAUUGCUCCAAAGCCUCCCCAAGGUGUGGCAGUGGCUGCUCCCUCAGCAGGGCCCACAGCUGCCCCAGCAGGUUCUGUCACAGCUCCGGCUUGCAUCCAGCUUGCAUUUCCACAGAAUAAUCAAAACCAGAGUGUGGUGCAGCCAAAAGCAGUUCAAAACACAGUCAGAUCAUUAACUGUUCCAAGUGCCUCUGGUAGCCUUCCACAUACGACUUCUGCUCCGGUAGUUACCCCUUCGCAUGUUACUCUUGUACCUAGUAAUAUUCCUGUAGCCCAGAAUAAUGUUAAUAUUCAGCCAUCACCUUCCCAGCCUAUCAUUGUUUCCCAUAGGCUCCCCCUUCAUCAUUCUGUUGGGACCGUGAAUAGAACUGUGGCCCCUGCAGUUCUUCCUCUCAAUCAACCUGUCAGGCCUGGGCUCUUUCCUAUUAAUCAACCCAUUGGUACUAUAAAUGGUCCGGUUGCAGCUGGAACGCUACCUGUCACUCAGCCUGUCAACCCUGUGAAUCAACCGGUAGUACCAGGAGUCCUCCCUGUGAAUCAACCGGUUGCCGCAGGAGUUCUGUCCAUCAACCAGUCAAUUGGGAAUGUGAACAGGCCCAUCAGUCCCAGGGUCCUUCCUGUGGCGCAGACGGCUGCACCGGGUGUUCUCCAACUCAACCAGCCCGUGGCCUCGGGGGUUGUUCCUGUCGGGCAGCCUGUCAGACCUGGGUUUCUUCAGCUGAAUCAACCUGUUGCACCAGCAGUGAUCCCAGUAAAUCAGCCAGUUCAGCCUGCAGUUUCUCAAAACGCAGCUUUUUUGACUGCGGGUUCUCUACUUAGGCAGUUGAUUCCAACAGGUAAGCAGGUUAAUGGGAUACCGAUGUACACGCUUGCCCCGGUUUCAGUUACUUUGCCUGUACCUCCCGGUGGUGGAGUAGCAACUGUUACGCCACCCCAAGUGCCCGUCCAGCUAAUGCAGUCUGGGCCAGUAGCGCAGCUGUCCCAGUCGCCGGCUAGCGCGCCCUCUCCCCCGGUGCUCCUGACGUCUCAGAAUCUGUCCUUACAGGCCUCCCCGCCCAGUCCUGAAACAAGCCAGGCUGUCAGACAGGCUAAGCAGUGGAAGACUUGCCCUGUUUGCAAUGAGCUCUUCCCGUCAAAUGUCUACCAGGUGCACAUGGAGGUGGCCCACAAACACGGUGAGAUAAAUAGGGAGGAAACCCUGGAACCUGACAGACUUGCGGCUUGCGCGCCCUUUCUGAGGUGGAUGACAGAAAAGACAGUCCAGUGUUUCUCUUGUCAGUGUUUUCUCUGUGAGGCAGAACUCAUGAAACAUCUCUUGAUGCAUGGCUUGGCUUGCUUGUUUUGCACAGUUACUUUCCAUGACUUAAAAAGCCUUGUGGAGCACAAUAAAACAACACACAAUGGGAAAAAGCAGUUGCAUGCGGAUUAUAGCAACAGAGGAUUUCAACUAGGUAAUGAUGCUCAGGGUGAGAUUGUAUUUCCACGCUUUGAUUUCAGUACAAUGUUACCAAAAGAAGACAUUGGUGAAAGAGAAGUACAUUUGGCAGUGCUUGCUGGACUGACUUCAAGGACACUUAUCCCUCUUUACAUCAAAGUGAAACCUCAGACAACAGAAGUGAACAGUAGAUGCGGCAAAAAAGUGUUAACCUGUCCCUUUUGCUUCGGUACGUUUGUUAGUAAAGAAACCUAUGAAACGCAUUUGAAAGAGCGGCAUCAUAUAAUGCCAACUGUACAUACAAUUUUAAAGUCUCCUGCUUUCAAGUGCAUCCACUGUUGUGGCGUGUACACUGGAAAUAUGACUCUAACAGCCAUUGCUGUGCAUCUGCUCCGUUGUAGAAGUGCUCCCAAAGACAGCAACUCGAGCGUGCAGAUGCAGCUGGAGCGUACCGAGAAGAAGGAGCUACUGUUUGUGAAUGGUGAGAAGCAUGAUCCCGUCGUCCUGAAAAGAAAGCAAUCGGAUUCCUGCUUUGUUGCAGAAGACCAAAGGAAUAAGGAACAGCAGCCUCUGAGCUUAAGUACUGGCAUAGUUCUGUCUUCAGAAAAAGAAGUGCAUUCAGGGGUAGUGCCUUUCAAGCGACAGAAGAUUAAUACUAGGACUGAGAUGAAGAAGCUUCCUUCUAGUGAGGAUCUUCGCAUUCUAGCAGUAGAUCCUAAACAGUACGAUCACAAUUCAUGUAAGGCUCAAAAACAGUUUUUGACAGACUACUUUCAUGAGAGGCCAUAUCCUUCUAAAAAAGAGAUGGAAUUACUAUCCUCGCUGCUAUAUGCGUGGAAAAUUGAUGUUGCGUCGUUCUUUGGAAAAAGGAGGAAUAUAUGCUUAAAGGCGAUAAAUAAUUACAAACCAUCUGUGCUGCUGGGUUUCAGUAUGUCUGAACUAAAAAAUAUUAAGCACAGUUUGAAUAUAAAAGAUGAACCAUUAGAUGUGUAA